AACAUUUGGAAAGAGGAAGCCAGCACAAUGGACGUCAUGGUGGAAGGUCCACGCUCCGCUCAAGUGGCAGGGAUGCUGCACGAGCGAGACAUACCAUACUCCAUAGCCAUCGGCGAUGUAGAUCCCAUGAUCGCGAGGGAACAGGGCAACAGCUUCAAAAAGCAAAAAAGUAACUUGAAUUGUAAGAUGGAUUGGAAGGGCUACUACCGAUUGGAUGUGAUAUAUUCAUUUAUGGAUGACCUCGCCGCUUCGUACCCAUACUUGUGCACUGUGUGUGUCAUCGGCCACUCCGCUGAAGGUAGAGAAAUAAAGAUGUUGAAGAUAUCAAACGGUGGCAGUGACAACGAAGGCGUUUGGAUCGAUGGAUCAAUUCACCCCCGCGAGUGGAUCAGUACAGCCGUGGUGACGUACCUCGCGGACCAUCUCGUCAGGAACUACCACCAGCUACCAGAGUCUGUGACUAAUAAAGAUUGGUACAUACUCCCGGUGCUGAACCCCGACGGUUACGAGUACACGCACACACACGACCGCAUGUGGCGUAAAAACAGAGCGCGCUACGGAGAGUGUGUGGGUGUUGACUUAAAUAGAAAUUUCAGUUACGGCUGGGGUGAAAAGGGCGAGGAAGGCUCAUCGGAGGACCCCGGCAAUAUAUUUUUUAGGGGGCCCGAGCCGUUUUCGGAACCGGAAACAGCGGCUGUCAAACGUGUUAUCCUUGAAUCGGGGACUAAUUUCAAAGUGUUCCUAUCGCUGCAUAGUUACGGAGAAGUGAUUAUAUUCCCAUGGGGCUAUACGGGCGACCCGUGUCCCGAUUAUGUGAGACUACUCGAAGGGGGCACUUGUAUAGCUAAGGCCAUCUAUGACACGAGUAAACGCACCUACAAAGUGGGCAGCACCAAAGACCUCAUGUACUACGCGGCCGGGACCAGUACGGACUGGAGCUACGCCGUCGCCAGCAUACCUUACUCCUAUAUGAUCGAGCUCAGAGGAAAGGAGCACAGGUUCCUCCUGCCCAAAGAGGAUAUCGUGUCUACUGCAACUGAAGUUGUGACUGGCGUUUUGAGACUUAUGGACUAUGUGGAUGGAAAACAUCCGGAAACUCAAUCUUGUGUCUGUCCGAAAUGAUAUUAUGAAACCAGUACCACCACUAGAAACUAGUUAUUAAGGUCAGAAGAAGACAGAACUAAAUGAAUCUAGGCUGAAUCAGUAUUUUAAGGGUCGAGUACAAAUUAAAAUCCUUGAAUGUGGAUAUCCUUAAAUACACAAUAUAUUUUGAUAAAAAUGUGUAUAUCAAAAAUGGGACGAUAAUGUAUUUAAACAAGCAAGCACACAAACAAAAAACAAAGCA